AACUGUCCAAACGUUGCCGUUGCACUGUGUCAAACUUUUUCCUGGUCAGCCUUUCAGAUUUUCGGUUUUGGCUUCAGUGGGAAGGUUUAAGCCCCGCCCAUUUCGUUUAUUGACUGCGAAGACCCGUAAUUAACUUCCAUAUUUGUGUAUCAUUACGUAUUAGUGACCCGUGCGGUUCUUUCCAUGUCAGUGAUGUAGGGUAGUAUCGCAGGUUCAACACGGUACCUCGGUAACAGUUUUGUACAUUUUCCUUCCAGAGUUGUAUCUCCCGGUGGUCAGCCAUGAGUCCGAUAACCGAGUAUGAUCUCUAGAUAGAAGUGCCGAGAGUACAGUGACAGAGAUAGGAUAUUUAUAAACGAUGAUUCUAUUACACCUCUGAUGUCUUCCCGAUGAUUUCCAAUUCGGCCCAGUCGUUAGCGGCUGCGAGAGGGGAGCUGUUGAAGAUGAAGAUGGCGUGUCUGAGCGCAGCGGCGGCGGCGGCGGCGGUGUUCCGCACCUCGGAUUCGGACACGGCCAGCACCUCCUGUGACGCGAGUGACUACGGCCGCGGAGACCAUGACGAUGACGACGAUGACGAGGUGUUGAGUGUAGGCUGCGAAAGUCCUCCACCACUGCCCCUGCCCGUUACCAUCCCUCAGGCACAUCUCAAGUUCAGCAUAGACAACAUCCUGAGGCCCGAGUUCGGCGGCGGGCCCGGGUACAAAGGAACACCUACCUCGGACUCCAAGUGCGCGCCUAUAGACUUGUCGAAGGAAGCGGAGACCGCGAGUACCAAUCCCGCCAUCGACUCCCAACAACAGCCUAUGCUGUGGCCGGCCUGGGUCUACUGCACCAGAUACUCCGACAGGCCGUCUUCCGGAAGAAGUCCUAGAACGAGAAGAAUGAAAAAGAAAGACAAACGACCCGAAGAGAAGAGGCCUAGAACCGCGUUCAGUGGUGAGCAGCUGUCUAGGCUGAAAACGGAGUUCUCGGAAAACAGGUAUCUGACUGAGAAGAGGAGGCAAGAGCUGGCCAGCGAGCUGGGACUGAACGAAGCUCAGAUCAAGAUCUGGUUCCAGAACAAGAGAGCCAAGAUCAAGAAGGCGACGGGCACCAAGAACCCGCUGGCGCUGCAGCUGAUGGCGCAGGGCCUCUACAACCACAGCACUGUACCGCUUAGUAAAGAGGAGGAGGAGCAGUUGGCAGCCCAAGAGGCAGACGAGUGAACGGAAUGAAGAAAGAACGAGCCAUCACUGAAGAUCUUCAUUCCUUGCUCUAUUCCUCACUACUGUAAUAUAACGCUCCUGUAUGAUAUCCUAAAUAGAAUAUUUUGUACAAUAUAUUGUUUGUGGGUGGUUAAGUCAGGUACAACAUAUUAUUUUUCUGUUGCCAAUUUAUAAGUACAAACUUACCUUUCCUUCGACUGCGACCAGAAGGAUUUUUUUCAAAUCCCAAAACAUACGAUUAAUUAACUGAGAAAGAAGAUCUGAGUCAAAAAGCGUCUACUGUUAGACAUAGGUAUAUUACAUUUAAUAUAAACUUCAUUUGAAAAGUUCCUAUUUCUGAUUUAAAUCCAUAUCCAUAAACCUUUAUAUAUUUUACAUGGACAACAUUGUUUUCGAAUAUACUCGUGAAUAUUGUCAUAAAUAUUGUUUGAUUUUAUUACCCACCACUAGUUUUAUACCUUCUUGUACGUGUGUUCUAUAGUAUUAAUCUGACUAAAUUAAAAUUAAUGGCUCAACGAAUGAAACUAAAAAAUGAAAUUCAAGUAAACGUAACACGUUUGCGCUUUUCAAGUGAUAGUUUUACGUCAUUGACUUUAUGUAUCUCAUAAAAUAUUUAAACAAUGCAAUUCUAUUUCCUUUAUUAGGGCCUACCUUAAGACUGAAAAUGCAAAGAUAAAAAAGUUUUAAAAAGAGCCGUUUGAGAACAUUUGUGUAAUAUUUUACUUUUGCAUUGUAUUUUUUCAUCUAAUAUUUUCAAAUCAGUACCGGUUUUCAUGAAACUUAACAUUGAAAUUUUGUAACCACCACAAUCGAGAGGUUGUAGUUACUAUAAACUCUAUUGUAGCAAAAAAAAAAAACAGUCUACUAAAAUUACAACCUCGUUUUAAUUAGUAAUUUUAUAUGUACAAUAAAAUAUAAAAUAACACUUUAUUGGUUGACAUAGUACACAUUAUAACCUCGAUACGGUACAUUAAAAAAAUAGUUUGUACCUUUUUCCUCCAAAUUAGAGACAUCGAUCAAAUGGGUUUCAUUACAGUUUCUAUGGUGUAGUGUAACACCAUACAACCAAAUAUUAGAAGUGAAUUAACUUUGAACGGUGAACUUAUGAGAAAUUAAAUAAUUAUAAGACGUAAUAUUAGUCUUGUUUGCCUAGCAGAUUAAUCUUGUAAAUUAAUAAGUUGUGCUGCCAAUGUUAACUUUGGAUGGUGCGUUUUUUCUCUGCAAUAAAAAUAACACAGUACCUAAGAAUACAACUGUAACAUGCAGUAUCUUGUUUUGUUUGAAAAAAAUGUAUUUCAUGCUGGAAAUACUAUAUUAUCUAAACUUUACUUUCAUACUGCAUUUUUAUUUUAUGUAACAAAAAAUAAAAUAAAAUUAUAAGAUAGAACUAAACAAUAUUUAUUUGUGCAAUUAUAUUAACGACAGCGUAGAAUAUGAUGCCAAAUAAAACUUAGAAAGUUAAACAUGUGGUAGAACUAUAGAAUUAUUAAAGAAAAGCAGCAUUAUUAACUAAGCAUUUAUAAAAUAAUAUCAACAUUGGUUGAAAUAUCCAUAUAAUAUACGUGUAUUUAGUAUUAUAUUACUAUCUUUCUGUGUAUCUAAUGAUUGAAGCUAUACACUGUUGAAAAUAACAGCCACAUAACUAAUUAGUAGAACUAAUUAAUUAGAUAAAUUUGACUUGGCAAGUGAAGCAUAUACCAUAAAUUAACAAAAUUAAAUAGGGCAGUGAAAUAUUUUUUUGAAAAUCUUCUAGGUUUGGAAUUUUAAAUGAUAAACUGUCAUAAACGUAAUCUCAAAGCUUUGUACACUAAGGUUUAUUAAAAUAUUAAUUAUACGAAAUCAAAUUCGACCCUUAACGUAUAUUAUUGGUAACGUCAUACUAUACAAUAAUAAUUGUUAUUUUUAGGUUAUGGAUUGAAUACCAUGUCAGAUUUUAUUUCAAGAAUUCAAAGAUUGUGUUUUUUGUAAAUUCUGUAAAGGUUUAUAAUGCAGUAUAGUAAUUUGAUUCAAAGUUGUAUGUGAAUAUUCCGUAAGUGAUUAAGACAUUUACUGUACAUUAUAUACUUCUCUAUACUAUCACAGCGUAAAAUAAGAAUGCUUUUAAUUUAAUUUGUGUAUUAGUUGUACAAAACAAAGGUGUGUCAUAGAUUGAAAACUGUUUUUCAGAGGUUUUGUUUACCAAAACAUGUUGUAAAAUAGUUAUACCUGUAAUUUUUACGAUAAUAAUACGUUUUUAUGAGUGUUGUUUUGUAUGUUUUGAAGAUAUUUAAUAAUUAUAAAUAAAACGUAUGUACAGAAACUAA